AUGGAGGAUCACAAGUCGCCAAAGCCCCAAGAGCACAAGCAGGUCGAUUUCGAUGCCAUUCAUAAGGAGGACCAGGACGCGUUCCACAAAGAUAGACGCUCACUGCACUCCGCCACAUCCGCACAUCAGCUUGACUCCUCGCAGCCCCCGCGACCUUUGCCGGUCGAAAAUCACGAAAGGACUGAAACGGAGUCUCCUGGUGCCUCAGAUAGUCCUGAUGCACAGUCUGACAAGCCCGAUACCACCAGACCUCCAGACCAUGCGCUUACGCUGAGACGCUCCCCUGAGGCUAAGGUCUCGGGCACCGCGUAUGACGAGGCUUGGUCGCGGCUGAGUGAGGACGAGAGGGCGAAUUUGUCCAACGAGACCUCGAUCAAAACCCUGUUCGAAGAGCUGGACGAGACUGACCAGCAGCACCAGUCAAGCUCCUGGCUCAAGAGGGGCAAGAUGGCCGCCGGCCUGCAGUACGUGAGCAACAUCUGCAGCUACAUCAACCUCGUAGCCACUUGGAUCCCAUUGCCGGAGCUCGGUGCUGUAUUGGGUCUCUUCAAGGGAAUCGUUGCGAUAGCCAUCUUGGAUCAGCAGACUGAAGACUUCGUCAAUGACAACUUGUACAAGCAACACCACAUCGGAAACCACAAUGUCGACGAAGACGGCAUUUCGGAUGAAGCCUGUCGUUGGAUCAUCUCCGAAGAUAGCUUCGAAGACUGGGCAUACGGGCCUCAUGGUGUCUUAACCAUGUAUGGAGUCGUGGGCUGCGGCAAAACAGUCAUGGCCGCUUUCGUUACAAAGUAUCUACGUGAAGAAGCGAGAGCACCCGUCCUGGCCUAUCACUGCACGCAGCAGGAAGACGACGAGUUCCGAUACAUCCUCUGCAGCUUGACGUACCAGCUGCUACAGACCAAGAGGGAGCUGAAAGAGAAGUUCAAGGAUUGGUCCGAGCAACGUCAGGCUACUACCCUAGACAAGCCGUCCAACAAACCCGCCGUCUUAGCCGAGUUCCUCUGUAGUUGCCUGCAGGAUUCCAAAGAGCAGGUCUUCAUCGUACUCGACGGAUUGGAUGAGUGCGACGAGGAUGCCAGGAGCGACGUCCUCGUUUUGUUCAGAAACCUCAUCAACAACGGCGCCCUGGUCAAGGUAUUCGUGUCUUCACGGCAGCGAGACGACAUCCUGCAGACUUUGACUAGCUCCGAGACGACAGAAGAUGAGCCCGCGAUCAAGAAAGUCCGCCAGAUACCCCUCUUCCACAUUGACAUGAACCCCACUGAGGAGCGCGACCACAUCCUAGCCAGGCACCUAGGAGACAAGCCCCUGCGACAGAUCAAAGACAGCAAGGUGCGGGACAGGGCCAUUGAGCAGCUAGCAAAGCGCGCCGGGGGCUCCGCCAUCUGGCUCCAGAUGGCGAUGGCCUCGCUGGCCGGCGCCAAGAACGAGAGCCGCAUCGAGAAGUGUCUGGAAUUCCUCGAAACAGACCCGAAGCUCGUUGACAUGUACGAAAAUCUCUUCAAGGACGCCGAGUCUGCCACAUGCAACGACCGGGAGAUCCUGGAGCGAGCCCUGGAGACCCUCGCCGUUGCCCGGAGGGCUAUGACCGUUGACGAGCUCGCGAGGGCGGCGCACUUGGACGAUGACGAAAGUGCGGAGAGCCUGGUUCUUCUCAAUGAGGCGGCGGAGGAGAUCGACUUUCUGAGUCUCAUCCGCCCAUUCGUGGCAACGUUGGAGUCUUUCGUGGAUGGGAAAGGGUUGGCGGUGCGUUUGGUGCACCAGUCACUGCUGGAACUGCUUCUCACAGCCCGGCCGUCCGAAUGGGAUGAGAUGGCAGCCACUAAGGAGCACAAAAGAGUUACAGACAAGGAGAAGGAGAAUCGCAGACGCAAGCUGAACGAGCAGCUUAUGAGCAGGUGUGUCAAGUAUCUCCUCUUGCGCGAUCUGGAGGACACGCCGUCCGACAGGGAUGCAGACAGGAUUCCGGACACUGCUGCAGAAGACGAGGAGCCAUGGGAUGGGUUUGGCUUCGUUGAAAUGUUCGCGGAGCCCGUGACCCAAAUGAGGACACAAACCCGGGCUCAGAUCUCGCAUCUUCACUUCUAUGAAUACGCCGCCUCACAUUGGGUCAGCCAUUUUGCCGCCUGCGAGAAAGAUGCUGCGGACGACCUGAGAGAGAAAGCAAUGUCCCUUCUUGACGUUACCGGCAGCGGGUGCACCGACUGGGUGUCCUUUGUCCGAACCGAAAAGGAGGCCGAAGGGGAAUUAUUUCCAAUCUCUCGGCAGGCCAAGGACGAGGCGCUCUUCUGGGCAUCUCGUGGAGGCCGCGAACGCAUUGUCAGGCUGCUCCUCGAGAACGACGCCGAUCCCAACCAGCACCACCUCGCCGACCUACACACGGCCCUGAUAACUGCUGCACACCGCGGGCACCUCGGCUGCGUCCAGACCUUGCUCGCGGACUCGCGGACAGACGUCAACGCGCAGGGCAGCAGGAACCGCACGGCGCUCAUGUUGGCCGCCAGCGGCGGCCACGAGAAGAUCUGCGCGGCCCUCGUGCAGCAUGAGGCCUGCAGGCCGGACGACACAGACUGGAAGAGGAUGACGGCGCUCUUCUAUGCGGUCGGCGUCGAGAAUGUUCCCAUCAUCAAAGCCCUAACGGGGCUCCAUGGUGUCAAUGUCAACCAUCAAGACAGCGCGGGCCGCACGCCGCUCUGCCGCUCGGCCGAGACCGGGACGACUGCCUCCCUCAAGCAGCUUGUUGGCACGGAGGGUGUCGAUGUCAACCUGCCAGACAAUCAGGGAAGGUCGCCGCUCAUGUGGGCCGCCUUCAAGGGAAACGCUGCAUCCGUUGACGCGCUGUUGCGGCAUGCGGAGAUCGAGAAAGCCGCAGUUCAGCUCAAAGACAGGAAGAAUGCGAUACAUUUCGCAUGUGAGGGAGGCGCGCACGAGGUGCUGCUUUGCCUCCUGAACCACGACUGUCCCGGGAUUGACGACCUCGAUGUGGACGGCUGGACCCCGUUGAUGUGGUCUGUUCAGAACGGCCCAGCGUGUGUCUCAACUCUCCUCGCGACGGGCCUGGUCGCUGUCGAGCGCCGUGAUAACGAGGGCAAGACUGCGCUGUCCCUGGCGGUGCAGUGGGGCCACUCGGUAGAGGUCAUCAGAGUCCUGCUCCAUUACGGCGCUGAUCCGGAGACGACGGAUAAUAACGAGCUGACGCCGCUCAACGUGGCGAUGAGGAGGGGGCUUCCCGUGGACUUUAGGAUGGCGGACGAACUCUCGUCCUGGAUCAACAGGAAGCGAAGCGAACACAACCCCGUUGUUCAGGACACUUGA